AUGUCUAGUGACAAUGGCCGGACUAGUUUGUAUACUAAGUUCUAUAUACUAUUUCAGAUAAUUGGAUUAACACUAAUAUUUUAUGUAUACCAUUGGAUUGUUCAAUAUCGAGGAGGAUUUAGUUUAACUGAACCUAAAAUAAUAUUCAAUUGGCAUCCAUUAUUGAUGACAAUUGCAUUCAUUUAUUUAUUUGCAAAUUCUAUUCUUCAUUAUCGUACAUUUCAGAAUAAUACGAAACGAAAAUUAAAAAACCAACAUGCACUUAUUCAUGGUUGUAUAUUAAUCCUUAUCGUAGUUGCUGGAUUUGCUGCUUUUGUUUCACACCAAUAUGCUAAACCUCCAAUUCCUCAUUUGUAUUCUUUACACAGUUGGUUAGGAGUUGUCACUGUUGUAAUGUUCUUAUCCCAGCUUUUUAGUGGAUUCUGGUGUUUCUUGUAUCCGGGAGCAGCUGAACGACAUAGAGAAAUGUUGGCACCGUAUCACGUGUUCUUUGGUAUUUCCAUCUUCAUAUUAGCAGUUGCAACUGCCGUACUAGGAUUCUGUGAAAAAAUAAUUUUUGCUUUGGACAAACAGUAUAAACUGCUCCCUGCAGAAGGUGUGCUUGGAAACAUUUUAGGUAUUCUAUGUGUAUUUUACUGUUUAUUAGUAGUUUAUAUGAUUACCAAACCUGAAUUCAAAAGACGUCCUAAACUAGAAUAUGAGACUCUACUUAAAUAA